GGAAGUUGAUUCAGCAAGAUGAACCUGGCUCGUGACACAACCUCCCCCACUGAAGCUGACAGGAGACUGCCAGCAACUCAGCUCUUCACAGCUCAGCAGCUCUUGAAAUGAAGACAGGACCACCGUGCAGUCUUCUCCUUCUGAUCGUUGCUCUCCUCCACCCCGGCUUGGCUGCCAUCUCCUGCAGAAAUGAGCUGGGCCAACAGGUGGAUUGGUUUGCCGUGUACAAGUUGCCCAGGCACGUGGAACAUCGCGCUGGCGGUCUGGGGCUGACGUACAUCUACCUGGACCCAUCGAUGAAGGACUGGCAGAAAGGCAAAUACCUGGUCAACGUGACGGAGAGCGCGGUGGGAAGAACCUUACAGCAGCUUUAUUCAGCCUACACGUCAAAGGUGAACGACAGUGCGUAUUUCAUCUACAAUGACGCUGCACCCUGGAUGCCUUAUGACCCAGACCAUGGACAUACUAAAGGGGUGCUGAUGUUUGACAGAGUCCAGGGGUUCUGGCUGAUGCACAGUGUUCCUAAUUUCCCUCCCGGCGUGGAGCAGGGGUAUUCCUGGCCAAACUCCGGACGGAGAAAUGGACAGAGCUUCCUGUGUGUUACAAUCCCGUACCACCAGGUGGCAGAGAUCGGCGACCAGUUGUCGUACUCCAACCCACAGGUCUACAAUUGGACUCUUCCUCACCUCUUCCUGCCCGAGCUCUCUCACCUGCAGAUUGUGGCUAAAGGUGGUAGCCUUGCUCGGAUACCGUGGAUACGGCGAGCCAAACUAAUGACCACGGGGGGAGUCUCGUUCCAGAGUUUUGCAAAGUACAAGCUCCUCGGAGACGACAUCUAUGCGGCCUGGGUUGCCCAGAGCCUGGGUACGGAUUUGCUGGUGCAGUCCUGGAGGAGAGGGAAGCAUGUGCUGCCGUCUAACUGCUCCCUGCCCAAACACGUUUACAAUGUGGAUAUGCUCGAGCUGCCGGGACCUGCCCUCUUCAACACCAGGCAGGACCACUCCAAGUGGUGCGUGUCCCCGCGGCCUGCCCGUGGCUGGUUCUGCAUCGCCGAUCUCAACCGCACACCCUGGCAGAUGUGGAGGAGUGGCGGCCUGCUCUGCACCCAGAACCCCUCGCUCUACAGAGCUUUCCGCAAGCUGGUGUCCCACUACAAGAAUUGUUCCUAAGUCACAGAGUGAAAAACCCCGAGUUAUAGAAUCGUAGAGUCUAAACGUUAUCUCUUGUCUGGACCCGAAACGUUCCUUCUCUCCAGAGAUGCUGCCUGUCCCCGCUGAGUUACUCCAGCAUUUUGUUUCUAUCUUCGGUUUAAACCAGCAUCUGCAGUUCCUUCCUACACAUUCCCCUAUCAUGCAUCUGUUCUCUGUAAAUGGCUCGAAUGUGAUCAUGUGUAGUCUUGCCGCUGAAUGGUUAGCACACAACAAAAGCUUUUUGCUGUACCUCGGUACACGUGGCAAUAAACUAAACUGAAACAUAGAGUCAUGCAGCAUGGAAACAGGCACUUCAGCAAAAUCGGAACAGCUUAUUCCCCUAUCAAAGACUUGUCCCGCACCGGUCAUUCCUUCUUCUCCCCGCUCCCGUCCGGCAGAAGGUACAAAAGCUUGAAAGCGCGCACCGCCAGACUCAGGAAUAGCUUCAUCCCCUCUGUUAUCUGACUUAUGAACGGUCCUUCCAUAAACCAGGGUACUGUCCGAUUCACCUCCACCCCAUUGCAGACAUUGGACUUUGUCUCUGGAACUGAUGUGCUACAAUGCUGAGAACUAUAUCCUGCACUCUGUAUCUUCCUCUUUGCUCUACCUGUUGUACUUGAGUUUGACUUCAUUUUUGUAUCUAUGCAUGGUAUUGUCUGAACUGAUGGGAUAGCAUGCAAACCAAGGCUUUUCACUGCACACAUGAAAUAAUAAAUGGAAACUUAGCAAUACAAA